GAUCGGAUCCUUCUUCACCUUUAUCAAACAAACUCUACAUACCUACCUCUCUGCCUCUACCCGCUUCCCGCUACCCUUACCCUUAACCUCACAUCUUCAACCAAAAAUCUCCUCCAUAACUUACAUCAAAAGACCCUUCAUUUGGUGCUUCAAACUCGAAGCUGUCAAUACCUUUGUUAUUGAGGACAGUUUCUGCCUUGUUUCUAUUUACAAGAUUGGAGCUGUUGUCGAUCGCUGAAAAAAAGUUAUCGGCUAUCUUCUUUUUCCAUCUUUGUUUCUGCAACACUUCCUUUCGUUACAUACUCAAAACUUUCUUCUCGAUCUUGAUCGAUUCAAUUUAAUUUUCAUUCAAAAUAUUACGCCUUGAGCGCGCUUCAUUUAUUUCAAAAUGUCUGGAUAUCCGACAGGUUCUGGUGGUAAUGAUGGCCGUGGUUUGGAUUCCCUAUUUGCUCAGCUUCGACAACAGCAAAAUCAAUCGCAGCAACCGCAGCAGCAGGCUGCUCCUGUUCAUCUAGAGCCAAGUUAUAAUUAUUACAACAAUAACAACAACAGCGGCUUCUUUGGUCAAAAUCAACAGUUGCCUCCUCAUUAUCAACAACCAUCUGUUUCCUCGCCACUUCCCACCCCUCCUGUGCAUGGCCAACAACCUCAUCAUAGUUCUUCUAUCAUGAGUUCAGUUGAGACCCCACAUGGAGAGCCUCGCUUUGCCAACCCAGUUGGUACUUCAACCAACGACAAUCGUACUUCAAGUUUACUUAAUCUGCUGAAGUUCAGUCAACCCUCUGCUAGCAAGUCAAAUAAUCAAGCAGCACCGAUCGGCACACCACUUCCUCCAUCUCGCGAGUCGUCCAUGAGCUUUGGUGGAAACUCCGAUGUUCUUGGUCAAGUUAGCGCUGGUAAUCGUGGUGGUCAAGAUCUUCUCGCUGCACUCAUGGGAGGUGCACAACAAAAGCCAGUUUCUACCCCGCAAAUGACCCAAACAAGCCCGCAAUUUGCCAAUGCUUCCCAACAACAGUCGGGCUCCAGCUUUGCGGCUGCGACUUCUCCACCUGCCGAUACACAGGCUUAUCUUCUUCGUCUUCUCAAUCAACCAAAGCCACCUCAAACCGGCAAUGAAUCGCCACAUUUGAAUACUGAGAAGGUAUUGUCACCACAAAGCAAAGCAAAUAGCUCUUUGGACGACGUUGGUGACUUGGCACAAACUUUGGAAGAUACGAAGAUUGACAUGGACAUGAGUAUGAUGGGAUCUGCUGCUUUCGAGGGCAGGAUUGAUAGACCUCUCAGCAAGGAAAAUAUCACUCCUCAGCCAAGAAACAACCAAGGAUUGUUCACCUAUGUUAAUCCUUUCGAGGAAUUGGCAGCCUCUUCUCCACGCAAUCGCACCCCAAAGGCAACCAUGGGUGGUUCAUCAAGUUCAAAUGUUCCUGCACCCGCUUUCCAGAUCUUGAAGCGACAAGAUUCAUCUGACAAUAAGCGUAAGAUGGACGAGAGAAGCAGCAAUGACAGCCCUGGCCAGGUUUUCUCUAAGCGUAAGCUGGGAUCCCCUGCUGUAUCCUCUGGGCCACCUACACCACUCCCUGAUGGGCGUACUCAAUUGGAGGCUUUGAUUGGCAUUGGUGCCCCAAGCCCAGCUUCAGCUUCCAAUGGCAAAGGCAAGGAAACUGUUAGCCAUGCUCUUGAGGAAGUAGGUGAUGUAGUUGACAACCAAGUCCAAGAAGCUUUAGCUCGUGCCGAAAAGGAGGCAACUACUUCUGAAAUUGAGAAGGACUUGCGGAGCAUGCUUGCUGCUGAAACCGAGACACAGUUCGAGGAUCGUGCACAGGUCGCUGCUACAGCUAUCAAGAAGGUGCUUGAUCAGGACGAAACUGUUCUCGAUGAUUUGCCUACUCCGAUUGCUAAUGAAGUCAAAGAAAUCAUUGACGAUGCUGCGAAUGGCCACAUUGCAGACAGCUGGGAGAGUGCAGAUGCUGCCGAGGAUGCUCCACCCAAUUAUGAUGAAACUGUUGUCAAGGUAUUCAACUUCCCUAUGAAACCAUGGACUUCGAUCACCAUCAAAAAUAGUGAAGAAGGACGUCCUAGUUUCCGUGACGAAAUCAUUAUGGAUAUUGCUCGUCUUAAGAAAGAGUUUGAUCAAAUCGAUCGCACUCUAGUCACUGCCUCUUCAAACUUCAUUGUUUAUGGCAUGUCAAAGAAUGGAGGCAUACGUAUCAUUAGACAGGCUGAUGGCAAGGAUUCUCGACUUUUCACUGAGACACACGAUCGUAUCUUUAAUGUUUCGACAUCUAGUGCUCCAGCGGAUCUCAAGGAAACCAUUAUUGGUACUGGUAUUAGUGGCACUGUUUACUGGGCUAUUGUUAAAGACGGCGAAGGAGACUUUAUCGAGGAAAACCAUCCUGAAAUGCAUGGUUUUGCUCUUCCUCCUAUUCAAACUCCGGACAAUGAGUCAGCUGGCGGUGUACUCAAGACCAGAGCUAGAAAGAGCUCAAAUCAUCCCGAAUUUUUCGCCGUCGGACGCGGAAAGUCGAUUCAAAUCAUCUAUCCAUCUGUUAUCAUGAAGAACUCCUUCCUGAAAAAUGGAAAAGAGCGCAUCGUUGAUACGGAUCGCUACCUCGCCCACCGAUCUCUCAAGGUCAACACCGGCAAGGCAGGCAAAGACUUCACAUUUAGUGAGGAUGAUACAACUAUUGUUUCACUUGACAAGGCUGGACGAGUCAAGUUCUGGGAUGUUCGCCCUCUUACUCAGAUCCCAGAAGAUGAGCUUCAUCAAAAGGCUCCCCCCGUCGAGAUCAAAGAGCCACUUACGACUCUCAUCACAACUCCUGCAACCGAAAAGUCAUGGCCUACCUCGGUCUUGUUUGUUGAUAAGCUUCGCCCUUAUCAAAAGGGUGGUCCAUUGCGCUACAUGAUUGUUGGUAUGAAGCAAAAUCAUACUUUACAAUUGUGGGAUCUUGCUUUGGGUAAGCCUGUUCAGGAAAUCCACUUGCCUCACAGCAAAGAAUCGGAUGCUGUUUGUAGCGUCUUGUACCACCCUGCAACUGGUGUUAUUGUGGUUGGACAUCCUACCCGAAAUUCUAUCUAUUUCCUCCACCUUUCUGCUCCUAAAUACAACCUCCCACGCACUGUCACCCAAGCUGAAUACGUUGAGAAGCUUGCAGCCAACGACUCCAGUGUUUCUAAGCCAGAUUCUACUGCUGUUGUUAGCGGCAUGAGGGAAUAUUCAUUCGCCAGCAAAGGUAACCUUAGAAGCUUGGACAUCUUACAGAAUCCUGCUUCCCCACCUGCCCGUGGAGAACCAAUUACUUUGUUUGAGUUGUAUGCCAUGCACUCGAAGGGUGUAACGUGCCUCACCAUCAAGCAAGCCGAUCUAGGUUGGGACGUCAAUAAUAAAUGCAUUUCUGCAGUUGUGGCUGAUAGAGUUGGAGCGGUUACUAUCGAUACAUUGAAGGAAAUCAGCACCGUGCCAAUUGCAUCUGAGUCAGGUGAACCAGCACCAGAGCCUUCACCUGCGCCAGUCCCUACCCCUACUAGGAUUAUUCAACGUCCAGCUACCAAGGAUAGCUCUCCUAAGGAAACAAAGAAGGCUGCACAAGUCGAGCCAUCUUCUUCAGUUCCCAAGGCUGAAGAGAAGGCUGAGAAGAAGGAAGCUCCGGUCGCACUUGCCAACGGCAGUUUAGCCGGCGCUAGCGGGACUGACAAUAAACCCGAAAAGAAGAAGCGACGAAAGGCCAACUCAAACUCCGAAUCUUUAUCGAAUUCUUCUCAAACCAAAAACAUCGCAACAGAUAAUAAUUUAUCGUCAAGAAACAACACUACUUCUCGCGCAAGUAUGAAUACUAUUCCAGAUGUUGGUAGCUCUGCAAGCUUAUCAGCACCUGGCUUGACGGAAGAAGUUCUCAAGGAGAUUGAAGGUCGCGUUUCUGGAGAAGUGAAAAAAUUACUCAAUGAUUCUUUCAACACUUUGGAUCAAAGAAUCAAGGAUGACAGACGCACUCAAACUGCCGUCGCUGAUGCCAAGCAGGAUGCUGUUCUUCGCCUUGUGUCUAGCACCCUUACUGAUAAUAUGGAAGAAUCAUUGAAGCGCAUUGUCAACGGAGCUUUGGAAAACUCUAUUGUUCCUUCCAUCGAAAACAUCACGUUGAAGACCGUCGAUCAACGAGUUGCUCCAGCUAUUGUCACUCACUUGAAUCAAAGCUUACCAAGAGAAUUGCAAAAGGUCCUUCCAGAUGCUGUCAACAAAGUUAUGCAACAACCUCAACUUUUAAAGCUGAUGUCAGAAACCUUGGCAAAGAGUGUUUCUUUCCCAUUCGAAGAGCAAUUUGCUACACUCUUGAACAACAGCAUCACCCCCGCUUUUACCCAAUUGGCAGUCAACACUUCUCAGCGUGUCGCAGCUGAUGUUCAUCGCCAAGCACAAGAACAGAUCGGUAACAUUGAACGUCAACGACAUGCCGACAGUCUUAAGAUCGAACAACUGACUCAACUUGUCCACGGCUUGACUGAGACCAUUUCAUCUAUGGCUGCUGCACAGUCUGACUUCCAAGCUCAAUUUUUGCGUGUUCAGCAGAGAGAUAGACAGGGUUCAUCUCACCGUGCUAGCCCUGGAAUAGGUCACAACUCUAGCAGACCUUCUGUUUCCUCAGCACUCGCAGCUCCUCCUGUUGUCGAAGAGAAGUCGCCACAGGAGCUUGAGUAUGAGGAGAUGUUCAAGCACAUCCAAGCCCCUAUGCAAGAGGGAAGAUUUGAAGAUGCUGUUGUCCGUUGGUUGCAAACUGGUAGAGAGCAAGAGUUCUUUGCAAGAUACUUUUGUAGAUUCUCUCCAAAGUUCAUCACUGAACUCAGCCCACUUUUGCUCCUCAGUCUUGGUGCUAUCAUCACCAUUGAGUUGACUGAUGAUCUUAUGAACCAACGUCUUGCCUGGACCGAAACCAUCUUGAACUCCUUCCAGAUCAAGAUGGUCAGUGGAUAUCUUGAUGAUCAAGUCGCCGAUCUGGUCCCCAAGAUCAUGAACAUUUAUAUUCAACGCCUCGAACAUCUCUUUAUGCGUAUCACCAAUGUUGCCCCUGCCGAUCCCCUUCUCAAGCAACUUUCUCAGAUGGUUUCCACUGCCAAUCGUAUUUUGGAGCUCUAUCGUGAGCGACCAUCCUCUCGCCAUAUGGCCGGCUUUUCCCAAUAAGAGCGUCCGCAGUAUUACGAAUAAUCAUAUUAUACACACUCCGGAUAUCCUGUUUUGAGGGGUGGCCAGUCUGCAGAGGAUUCUUUCCGAAUUCCCAGUAGCUACGCCAAAUCUCUUCAAGAAAUUUCUAGUUCUUUAUUAUGCUUAUUACUGCACCAGAUACUGAACACUGUUACGGCCUGUUCGCAAAUAGCAUUGGCUCUCGAGAUACUGGAAUGUUCUCAGCCUUGCUAUCCAUCGAUUCUUAUUCUGCGGAUCUUCCGGCUUUAUGUUCACAUGACAUUUUCAAAAUUUUCUUUUUCUUGACUUUCUUUCAACUUAUUUUUUGUGCCAAUACCAGCGAACAAAAUCGCGUUUCUGCGUAUGUUUUCUACUACCUACAUUUUCAGGCGCAUGAGCGACAUACGAAACACUAUCUGGUUAUGAAAAUUUCAUACUUUGGUUGGUGGGGGGAGCUAUUGGUUGGCUUGGGUCGCUGAAAAGGAUUCUCUAAUGGCUGUUCUGAUCUUAUGAUAUGAUACCAUCUGAGGAUUUCAUGGGACUUUUCUUUUCUUUUUCCUGAACAAUAUCUGAUAUGGAUGUGGAUGGGGGAGGGAAAUGGACGAUUAUUAUGGAAUGAAUGAAUGGAUGGGUGGAUUUUCAUGCGACCCUGGCUCACCUCGGCCUGGAUUUUGCUUCGUCUUUGAUUAAAUUUGAAGACAUUUGCGAGCUAUACCCUUGACGUCCCGGAAUGAAAUGAUUGUGGCGGAGCUUCAUUUGUGUGUAUUUUAGACUCGAGGAACUUCUUUAAAGAGGACUUGGAGAAAAGACAUGAUUAUUAGGCUAGUGAAUACUAUUCAUUGCAUUUAUUACA